AUGGCUUCCGAGUACAGAAUACACAAGCCUUACGUGCUGGCAACGCUGCCGAAGCCUCUGGAUCACACAAAGGGAAACAUUGUCGCCAGAGAAGUCUAUGGCCAGCGGGACGGCCAGAAGAAGCGAAAGCGAACAGAGCUUGUGGUUGGCGUUGAUGGAGAGACAACCAGCAUCUACGACGUCCCCGCGUCAAGAUUGAUCACCUCAUACCCGAUUCCGCCCCAGGAAUCGUUCACUAGCCCUCCUUACUCUGUCAGAGUCCGUCGCAACAACAGCAGCGAUGCUCUGCGAUACACAUUCAUAGCGACUACUGACGCUGGGGCUCACAAAAUCACUCUCUUCAAAGAUGUAGCCCACCGCGACGGAAAGACGACGUCCAACAGCGUAUCCCAAGUCUUGAGCACCUCCGCCGUCAAGUAUCUUACUUGCUCUUCGCCCUCGAACGAAGCCGCAAACAUUGGGGACAUUAUCGCCGUCUGUGAAGAUGGAGAGGUUGUGUGCUUGUCUGGAGAGACUCUGGCUAUCCGUUGGUCUUCUUCGUCCAAAUCAAUGGUUCAGGAUCUAGUGGCCGCCAAUGUCUCAGACUUUCAUGUCGAAUAUGCUCUCUCGGGGAGCGCUGCCGAGUUCAACGAAGGACUAUUCAAGAACCGACCUGAGGUCUUCAGUGCUCUGCCCAAGGCUGUUGAUUCUCAGUUGGAGCUCGUUGUUCUCAUUUCCAAGAGUUUGAGCCAAAACGUAGAGAGCCGGCAUUUGAUCGUUCUGGCAGCCGUGUCUGGGGACUCAUCAGCGUCGGCAGAUGUCCAGCACCUAGUCCCCCUCGACAUUGUGCCAAUCACCUCCAUCGCCAGCCAGGAAAAUGCCGAGCAGCCCGUUUACCAGGUGGAUGUGCAAUCCGGUCUUCUCCUUCAGCUUCAAGAGGGUGCCAUUGGCGUCUAUGACCUGACUGGAGCAGUCCCCAAGCUCAAGUCCUCCAUUGAGGCAGAGAAUGCCCAAUCGUUUGCCCGUCUCUUCAAGCCAUUUAUUCUCGCCUCUUCUCUAAACUCUAUUGGUCUGUACAACUACCAGUAUCGAUCUGUGCACUCCAAGGCCACGCUGGACUGGUCUGAGGUUCCAACUGAAGGCGAGACACCGCGAUCAUGCCAACUCAUCAGCUACCUGCGAAGCCAAGAUCUCGUUGUCGCCCUUGUAGAGAACAUCCUGGUUACCAUUCAGGUCGAGCCGCCAAAGAACUCUGGCAAGCGACGAAAGGAAGGCCUCUUGAUCGACUCCAUCGGACGAGGCACAGGUCUUGAGAUCCCAACCAAGAGGACCGAAACGGAGGCAGCCGAUAAGCUACUGGCGAAUAAUGAGCUUGGCAAGUGGGAAGAUAUCCUGCGCGGCAAGUUUGGUGUAUCCAAAAAGGGCACAGGGCUGACGAACGGGGAGAAGACAAAGGCUCAGGAAGCCUCUGACUCUCAGGAGUUGCCAGAAUGGGAAUGGUUAUCGAGAACACCAUAUCCGGCGGUGGACCGCAGAUGGAUCAUUUACGCCAUCAGCCAGAUAUUUUCGGUCGACAUUAAGGAGGUCAACGAUAUCACACGGCCCGAGCUGCGUCUUGUCUUGCCUGAGAGCAAUGUGACAACAUACCUGGUGGUUGCUGGCCACCUCACCCUAUCCAACCUGCGAACAGCCUUUAGGGAUGAGCUAGCACCCGAAGCGUCAGACAACCGUACCGUGGCGGGCGACUUGAUUCGAUGCCUUGCGGAUGCCGAUCUCUCUCUGACCCUGCUUUUGAACUACCUGCAGGCAACAAAGCUAGGCGAAGUCGAACUUUUGCUUGCCAUUAGAGCUCUGAUGCUCAGCAUGGACUUGAUUCCCGAGGGGAAAUUGGAGGCCACCAAGCUACUGACGAACGAGCCGCAUCAAAGCAACAGCACCGGUACUGGCAACAAGGAGGACAUUGAGAUGGACCUGGAUGAUUUGGAGCGGAAGAUUGCAGUUACAGAGCACUAUCUCGGCGAUGACUCAAGUAGCCGCUCCCGUGGAUUGACUCUGGCAUUCACCAAGCUGUGGCGUCUGCCUGCAGUGUCUACGGUCAAGGCACUCCGAACGACGGUGUCGACGGACGACAUCAUGUCGCUCAUCUAUCUGCUACGAGUGGAGCUGCUACGUGGAGCGUGGACUUCGCUGUACAUUGAUCCUACCAGCUUUGACUCAGAGGGCAACGAACCUCCUCCGGAUGGUGUCAUUGCUCUGAUUGCCGACCUCUUGGGCCGAUGCCUGGAUGCGGUGGGAGCCGGCGGGUGGCUGUUCAAUGAUGCCAUCUCUUGGGCAGACAAGGCCGAGACAAGCGACUUUUUGACUGCCCUACGACUGGAAGUGACUGCCGCGCUGGAGGGAAUCGAAGAAGCCGUCUUCUUGAACGGUAUCCUGGGAGAAACUGUACGAUUCGGAAAUGCAGUACAGAAGGGCAGUGCAAGUAGACAGAAUUGGGGCCCGAACAAGCCGAUCCUCGUCCACUUGGAGAACCGCGAAUCUCGACUGCUGCCGCUUGGCUUGAAGACUAAGCUGCUGCCUACGAGGGAAAAGGUGGUGUCGGGAGGUGAAGUGGUUCAGCGAAGCAUUCGAGAAACCGGACACCUGAUCAGUCAAAAGGUGGAGGCUUACUCGCUGGAGAAGCUAGCCAUUUGA